CGCGGCUUCCGGCGCGCUUUAAGCGGGCGGCAGGGGGCGCGCAGGGGGCGCGCACCGGGCGCACCGCUGCUAGCUCGGCUCCUCUGGGGCCUGCGGGGCGCUGUGAGACUGGAGGGGAAACGGGGCAAGAAGCCGAGCCUGAGGGGCAGCCCCAGUCCCUCUGACCGAGGUCCUGUGACUUUCGCCGCCAGGAGCCUCCUCCUCCGGACCUAGUGCGUUCGGGCGCCCCGGCGGCCUGGGCCCCGCGAGUGGAAUGGCCGCCAAGGCCCAGGGCGUCGGGCUUCCGCGCGCCCCGUGAGGGGAACUGGGGAGCCCCGAGGGGUCUCCCACCCGACUCUAAACACGGAAACCCCAGCGUGAUGAGGAUCAGGGCGCUGACUGGGCGAGUUCGGGCUGGUUCUGUGGACAGGUUGACUCAGCUUUUCCUUCCGGGCUGGUCAAGUUCGGACACGUUCCUAGUUUCCAAUAAAAGGAGCUAAGUCCUGACUUGCCUCCAGCUGGGGCUAUUUAAACCGUGACUUUUCCCAGCUAUUUUCACUGACGGUUGGAGAUAGAUACCUGUGGUCACCGACAUACAGCACUUACUCUACUAAUCCAGAUGUUCCCUUAUUUCAAGUUUUUAUCGUGUGUUUUUUUCCUGCUCUUAGGCAAAUGUGCAAUACCAACAUGUCUGUGUCUACUGAUGGUGCUGUAAGCACCUCACAGAUUCCAGCUUCGGAACAAGAGACCCUGGUUAGGCCAAAGCCAUUGCUUUUGAAGUUGCUAAAGUCCGUUGGUGCACAAAAAGACACUUAUACUAUGAAAGAGGUUAUAUUUUAUCUUGGCCAGUAUAUUAUGACUAAACGAUUAUAUGAUGAGAAACAACAGCAUAUAGUAUAUUGUUCGAAUGAUCUUCUAGGGGAUUUGUUUGGAGUGCCAAGCUUCUCUGUGAAAGAGCACAGGAAAAUAUAUACAAUGAUCUACAGAAACUUGGUAGUAGUCAAUCAGCAGGAAUCAUCAGAUUCAGGCACAUCUGUGAGUGAAAACAGGUGUCACCUUGAAGGUGGGAGUGAUGAAAAGGACCCUGUGCAAGAGCAACAGGAAGAGAAACCUUCAUCUUCAGAUUUGGUCUCUAGACCAUCUACCUCAUCUAGAAGGAGAGCAAUUAGUGAGACAGAAGAACGUUCAGAUGAAUUACCUGGUGAACGACAAAGAAAGCGCCACAGAUCUGAUAGUAUAUCCCUUUCCUUUGAUGAGAGCCUUGCUCUGUGUGUCAUAAGGGAGAUAUGUUGUGAAAGAAGCAGUGGCAGUGAGUCAGCAGGGACUCCGUCAAACUCGGAUCUUGAUGCUGGUGUAAGUGAACAUUCAGGUGAUUGGUUGGAUCAGGAUUCAGUUUCAGAUCAGUUCAGUGUAGAAUUUGAAGUUGAGUCUCUUGAUUCAGAAGAUUAUAGCCUUAGUGAAGAUGGACAAGAACUCUCAGACGAAGAUGAUGAGGUAUAUCGAGUUACUGUGUAUCAGGCAGGAGAGAGUGAUACAGAUUCAUUUGAAGAAGAUCCUGAAAUUUCCUUAGCUGACUAUUGGAAGUGUACUUCAUGCAGUGAAAUGAAUCCUCCCCUGCCACCACAUUGCAACAGAUGUUGGGCCCUUCGUGAGAACUGGCUUCCUGAAGACAAAGGCAGAGACAAAGGGAAAAAGCCUGAGAAAGCCAAACUAGAAAGCUCAGCACAAGCAGAAGAGGGCUUUGACGUCCCUGAUUGUAAAAAAAAUACAGUGAAUGAGUCUAGAGAGCCAUGUGUUGAGGAAAGUGAUGAUAAAAUCACACAAUCCUCCCAAUCCCAAGAAAGUGAGGACUAUUCUCAGCCAUCAACUUCUAAUAGUGUCAUUUAUAGCAGCCAAGAAGAUGUCAAAGAGUUUGAGAGGGAAGACACACAAGACAAAGAAGAAAGUGUGGAAUCUAGUUUUCCUCUUAAUGCCAUUGAACCUUGUGUGAUUUGCCAAGGUCGACCUAAAAAUGGGUGCAUUGUUCAUGGCAAAACGGGACAUCUUAUGGCAUGUUUCACGUGUGCAAAGAAGCUAAAGAAGAGAAAUAAGCCCUGUCCAGUAUGUAGGCAACCAAUUCAAAUGAUUGUGCUAACUUAUUUUCCCUAGUUGACAUGUCUAUAAAAAUACAAUUAUAUAUUUCAACUAUAUAACCCUGAAAAUUUAGACAACAUGAAAUUUAUUUUUAUUUUUUUACCUUGAUAUCAAAGGGCGAAAGUAUCUCAGUUGCAUGUGGAUUUCUUCUCUCUAGUGUAAUUCACCUUCUUUGGGAGGGAAUAGUGAAUACUUCCUUUUAGGAAAAUUUCACUUCUGUUUAUAUUUUAUAUUUGGGUUUUAAUGUAAUUUGAAUUGGAUAUGUAACUCAUCCUCUACUGCUAGCCCCUCAUAUUUUAAAUAAUUUCCACUCUCUCAUAAAUGAGAAGUAUCUGAUAUCUUUUUAAAAAUACAGGUAGGACAUUUAAAAUGUAAAUCUAGUACUUUUCAUGUAAGGAGAAAAAGUUUGUGUGAAAGAUUUAUUAUUUAAAUUUUAGGUACUUUUAAAAUCUUCCAAUCCUUAGUUUCUCUACUCUUCCAGAGCCUCUCAAAAUAGUCUUUCCAGGUAAAAAAAAGAUAUCAGUGGUUGUAUUUGGGGCCAUGUAAGUAAAAACGAACUACUUAUUCUUCAUCCUCUUUGGUAUAGUAAGGGAUAGGAGGUAAUGAUGUCAGUUGAGAAGUCUGAGCCACCAUUUACCCAUGAGACAGAACUCAUAAGUUUCCCUAACAUGAUGUGGAAUUAUCUAGGAGUCUAACCUCUAUAUCUGUAACCCUUUUCCACACCUGGUUUCAGGAAUUAGUGCAAUCUUUUGUUUUACACACAUUGAAAAACAGUUCUAAGACACUUUAAAGUACCUUCUUGGGCUGGAUUACAUGGUUCCUGGUAGUUACCUAGGUUUCAGACUUUUGCUUAAGGCCAGUUUUAGAGACCAGUGACUUCACAAAGACUUAAUGCAGAAAUUUAAUAAACAGAAGAACUGUUGUUUUUAAACUGCCUGAGAAUGUCAUAACUUUUUUCUAAAUUGCCCAGAAACUAUGUAUCACUCAUCUUCAAGAAUGACAGGGUCACAAGAUAGGAUUCUAAAAUCUCUCUCAAACUGCAUAGACUAACAUCUUGAUUUGUAUUUAAAUAUGAAUCUUCAGCAAAAUAGUGAAAAAAACCACUUAGAUUUAAGGUCCCAGUGUUUUUCUCCUAUCUGUGGCAGUUGUAUAUACUCAGGUGAGGAUAAUCAACUGAAACUAUAAAAUGUUUAGAACUGAGAGGGAUAAUUUAUCACAUCAAGUUUGUGUGCCAGUUACUAACAGUACAUUGUAUUAAACUUUAAAAUAAACCACGUGCACAACUUAAACAUGUAUACAUAUGAGAUAGUAGGAAACAAAUGGCUGGAAGGAUCAGUACCUUAGCCAAAGAUUGGUUCUCAAAUACAGUAAAAGCCUUAUUACUAGAGGCUUACAGUACUUCAACUAUAGCUGAGUAGAAUCAGUCCUUUCUAAGGAGAGUUGGUAGUAAAAAUGAGACUAUAAACACUGUAUAUUCAGGGUAUAUUAUGUAGUGAUUGCGCUAUUUAUAAAACAUUCAAAUCUGUGCAGAUAGGGUCUCAUUCGGCAUAUCUGCAUUACAAAUGGAGCCUUGAUUGUCUAAAUUUUUAGGUUUAGUAUACAGAUGUUUAUUGGUUCACAAAUAAACACUUUAUUAAAUAUUUGAUUAAGAA